UGACGUCCAUCGGAGCGGUCACUUCCUGCAGCAACAACUCACCACUGCUGAAAAUAAUCCGUUGGUACCGUCAGUGGUGUAAACUCUUUGUCUUCCAUAUUAACUGAUGGCUUACUUAAGAAAAACAUCAAGAUUCAUUUGGUCUUCACGUUAAUUGUUAGAGGUGAUGCGUAUUAGCAGCUAACACAGGCACAAAAACCAUCGAUGGGCAAUGGCAGUCGGCUGUCAACGUUGAGGCCUAACAGACGAUUUUAAACAAGAAAACAUCUGGGAGGAUCAAACGUCUAGACGUGAGGUGAAUUCGACAUACCUGUCAUACAUUUUACGGCUUCCAAUUUUGAGAUGGGGGGCAGGGAAACGCGUCCAAAACAAAGACCAUUUAAAUUUUGCAAACUCUUUACUUACCGCCACCUUGUGCUUGGGAGGUGCCAAGCAGGGAUGAGAAGCGAUACAACAAUACAAGACAAAAACGUGCGUAAUAAGGACGUUUAUAAACACGAGUGCCGUCUAAACAUUAAUAUGCAUCCGCGAAGUUAAAUUUUAAAAAAAAUCUUUUUUGUAAACUCCCCACCGCCAGACGGCGACAAGCUUACAAAUUGUGCGACCAUCGAUAUUUUUUGUCCGUGGAAGAACAUAGUGACCAAAGAUCGUAUAUUGUUGUAAAGCAUACCACUCAAUAGUAAAUACUUAAAAAUAUGUAAAUCAUAUCUCUGCAAACGAUAAUAUAUUAUAUAUGUGUGUGUAUAGAACUAUCAUGCGCUUGAAUAGUAUACUUUAUUCAUCUGAUAAUAAUCACAUGCAACUAUAGGUUCAGCUACAAUUUAGAUUUAAUGACAAAAUAAUGACAAAAUAAAAUAGCAACGAGUGGGUGUUCUGUCAUGUGAAUCUAUACAGUAGGUGACCUGUGCUUGUCUGGAAAUGACUUUCAAAAAGCGUUUUUUUUUGUUUUUUUUUUUACAUAUACUACUGAAAUAAACCAGGCUGAAGCACAUCCCACCGAGCUGUGAACAUGCCUGCCGGGGUGUCUUGGGCUCGCUACCUGAGGAUGUAUGGAGCCAGUAUACUGGCUAUGUUUGCUGGUGCACAGGUGGUCCACCAAUACUACCUUCCUGAUCUGAGCAUACCAGAGAUCCCGCCAAAGCCUGGCGAGCUUCAGACUGAAUUGCUUGGCUUCAAAGUCAGAGAAGACGUAACAGCAGCCAUAAAACAGCAACUAGAGAGUAAACGGAAGCUGGACUGAUGACGCUCACUAAACAUGACAAAGUUGUAGCUGGGACAUGUCAUUGGCUGUAACAUGCUUGAAGGAAGACAUCUUGGUGCCUCUUGGUGCCAAAAGUGUUUGGACUGUCUGGGGAAUGCCUGAGUGCAUUCAGGUACUGACAGUGUACUGCGUUUUGCUGUACUUCUCAGUUUGAUUACACUUGUGUACUGUAUGAGAUACAGAAGUGUGUCAAUUGAGACACACCCAAGUGUUUAUUUUUUAGCAUGCAUGAGAAAUGUGAGAAAUAUGAUACAUAUUAUUAAUUAAUAUAUAUGUUCAAAGAUGUAGUGAAUAAAUAAAAUAUCUA